GGAAUAAUAUUUAGUCAGUUGACGUCCUAACCUUAUCAAUUACUAAAUACGGAUCAAAAUAAGUCGCAACAAUUUAAAUCGUUCUCAUUACACCCUAGCCUUACUCUAUUUAUUUUGUACCAAGAAUAAAAAAUGAAUGUAUAAAUAAUAUAUCACUUAUAUAAACUUAAUAAUGUUCAAAAGCCUAACUGCUAAAAAGUGUUUAAAUACUAGUGAAUUAUAUACUAUUCGUACUUACUAAUAAAACGGUGGAAACGGUUUUCUUCUUGUGUGUUUUCUUGUGUGUGUUUAUAACUUACAAACGUUAUAGUAUGCAGAUAAUAGAUCCCGAGAGUCCCGAAAUCGUCAUAAAUGAUGAAACCGCAAAAGAUUGUUCAAUAAAAUGUAAUGAAUGUAAAACGAAUUCCCUAAGAAAGAAAAGUUCUUUAAAUAUAAGUAGAAAUUAUAGUAAAGAAAAUGUAGUGCAAAACCAACGUUUAUUCGCUGCCGUUUUUGAAUUAACUGGACUAAGAGAAAAGGAUGGCACCAAAGAAUUCGGGACGUUAAUACUAUUGGGAGUAAUGCUGUUACUUUUCAUAAUAAGUAUUACGGGAUUUUUUAUCAUGUGGUUUACCGAAUAUUAUAACGACACCAUGCUUGCGCAAAUAAUUUUGAAAAAUAAUUCUGAAAGCACUAAAAGUUGGAUGGAUCCAAAUCCUAAAUAUGAUACGCUAUUAAAAGUGCAUAUAUUCAACUACACCAACAUUGACAAAUAUUUGGAUGGAAUCGACGAUAAAAUUAAGGUUAAUGAUAUUGGCCCACUAACAUAUAAGGAACAUACAACGAAAGUAAACGUUUCCUUUAAUAAAAAUCACACUGUAACGUUUAGGGAUCGUAGAACAUACCAGUUUCUACCUGAAAAGUCUAACUGUGAGGAAUUCGACAACUUUGUUCUUCCUAACGUGCCGCUAAUAAGUGCUUCUACUAAAAUUGAAAAAAUUAACCGUUUCAAGAAAUUUAUGGCCGUAAAUAUAAUUAAUGCGAACAACGAACGUGCAUUUAAGACACUUACGGCUCAUGAAUUUUUGUGGGGAUAUCGUGAUAGAAUUGUAUCAAUGGAUAUUGGCACCGGUUCAACUCAUUUCGGUUUAUUAAUGAAUCGAAAUGGAACUAGUGUCGAUUCCCUACAAAUAAACACAGGCGAGGACGAUAUUCGAAAAUUUAGUACAAUAACGCAAUUCAAUGGUCAACCUCUUCUAGACUUCUGGACAGAUCAAAAAUGCAAUCGUGUUGAUGGUUCAGAUGCAUCAAUGUUUCCGCCUCAUAAAUUAAAUACUAGAGAAGACUUACAAGUAUUUUUGCAAGUACUUUGCAGAAAGAUUCCACUUCAUUUUGAAAAAGAAGUUACAAUACUUAAUAAUAUUGAUGCUUUACGUUACCGAACUCCAUUGAAUGUGUUCUCUAGCCCGGAAGAGAAUCCCGAAAAUGCAUGCUAUUGUCACAAUACUCAAGUGUGCUUGCCCAGUGGAGUCAUAAAUGCCACCAAAUGCUAUAACGGAGCGCCUAUAUUUCCAUCCUUUCCACAUUUUUUCUCAGGAGAUCCAAAAAUUUACAAAGAUUUUGAAGGAAUCAGACCUUUAAAGGAACUGCAUCAAACUUAUGCUGAUAUCCACCCAAGAUUUGCAUUUCCGAUAAGUGGAGCUUCGCGAAUACAAAUCAAUAUAGCGGUCCAUAAAAGUUCAAUUUUAAGAAGAAAAGUGGAUCGACUUGAGGAAGGUACCAUCUUACCGCUUAUUUGGAUAGAAAUAACAUCAGGGGACUUUACCGAUGAAAUAAUUGAUACUCUCUAUAUAAGCACCUUUGGUUUGAAUGCCAUUCAAUAUGCUUUGAAAUAUGGCACUUUAUUUGCUUGCAUUAUUUCAUUUGCACUAAUCGUUGGAGGAUUUUAUAAUUUAACUCAAAAAAGAAGGCAGCACGCUAUUCAAGCGCAAAGAAAAACGAAGAGAAGACCUUAAGAACUAAUACAACACUAAAACUUUGUAAAUAUGUAAUGUAAAUAUUACUUGUUAUCCAUUUUUGUUUUUA